AUGGUAGAGGACGAGUUCCACACGCCGCCCUCGACACCGCUCCACCUCUCCCCGUCCUCCUCUUCGUCGUCGUCGUCGUCAGCCUCGUCGACACAGAGCGAUAAACUCGACGCAACGGCGCUCAACAGGGCUCGAAAGAAGUUCAAGCACCGCAAGGACAAGGACGACGACGACGCCAGGGGCCAGGAGCGGAAGGAAUCGGACAAGGGCCGCGGCGGCAUGACGACGGACAACGUCACCUACGGACUCGCCAUUGUCAACUCGAUCGGCACCAUCCCCGGCCUGAUCAUGACCCUCAUCAACACCAACAAGUACAGCGGCAAUCCAAAGGUGGAUCCGUGA